AUGUGGAGAUACCAAACAGAGCUAAAGAUCAUAUCGCCUAAGAAUUUAAUGUAUCUACUCAUAAUAUUAGUAUAUGGUUUUUAAAAAAAAAUUGAUAUAGAUGAAAGAAACAUCAACGUUCCAUUUAAUGCACAGACUAAAAUAGGAUAAUUAUAUAAAAAUAAAAUUAUAGCCAAGUUUACUUCAUUAUCACAAUUAAUCCUCUAAAUUAAGAAUAUCUUUAUUUUAGUCAUUUAGCUUUACUUUUUUUAAUCUCUUGAAAAUAAUAACCAUACUUAUGCUAUCCCUAAAAGUAUUAAAAAAGCUGAUUAUUUUAAAAUUACAAUUGGGAUAUUCACAAUCAAGCUUAGCACAAACCCAAAUUUGUAGAAGUUUCCAUAGCUAGGUUACUGUGAAUCUUAUACAUCAAGCAAAUUAUUAAAAAAAUCUGGUGGAACAACUGUAUUAAGUAAUAAAAAACCAGCUAUUGGCUGCAACGUGUUAAGCAGAUAGAACACAAUCUGA